UUGUUUCUCCCAAAAAAAAUAAAUAAUUUUUUUUUUAUCCGAAUCUUGUAUUUAUAUGUUAAAAAAAAAACUAAGGAUAAAGUGACGGACCUCGGUGUCGGAAAAAAUGGCACUGUGUAUUCCUCUUCCUUCAUGCCGGUUCAGUCACAGACCGGUUCGUUCUUCUCUCGAACGCCAAGAACACUUUGGUCGUAUUGCUCCUGUCUACGAUAAUUUGAAUGACUUGCUGAGUUUGGGUCAGCAUCGUAUAUGGAAAAGAAUGACUGUUUCAUGGACUGGAGCGAAAAUGGGAGACUGUGCGUUGGAUUUGUGUUGUGGAAGUGGGGAUUUUGCAUUUCUUUUGUCCGAGAAAGUUGGGUCCAAUGGCAAGGGCUUGGCCCCCAAUGCCUGCUACAACAAUAUAGAGUGGGUUGAAGGCGAUGCACUUGAGUUACCAUUUUCUGAUGGUUACUUUGAUGCCAUUACAAUGGGUUAUGGGCUACGAAAUGUGGUUGAUAAAGAAAGAGCCAUGCAGGAGAUGUUUAGAGUUCUGAAACCAGGCUCAAGAGUAUCUGUUCUUGAUUUCAAUAAAAGCACACAGCCUUUUACUAAUUUAAUUCAGAUAGUAUGGAUGAUUGACAAUGUAGUUGUCCCAGUGGCAACUGGUUAUGGGCUUGCAAAGGAGUAUGAAUAUUUGAAUAGCUCAAUCAAGGAAUUCUUAACAGGGAAAGAGUUAGAGAGGCUUGCUUUACAAGUUGGAUUUUCUAAUGCUAGACAUUAUGAGAUUAGUGGAGGCCUCAUGGGGAACUUGGUAGCCACACGCUAAAUGCAAUCCAUGCUUGAUGAAAGCCCUGUAUCAUCAGAUGAGGAUUUUAGUGGUGGAGAGAUGGGAGGUUCAGGAAGCUCAAAUGAGGGGUGAAGAUCGAGAUCUUAAAGAUAGAUAGGCUAUUAUGUAGGUUUGGCAGUCACAUUGGUACAUUGAAGCUGGAAUUCUCGAAGAAGAAGAAGAAAGGAAAGUUACCAAGAGAAGCAAGGCAAACAUUGCUUGAGUGGUGGAGUGUUCACUAUAAAUGGCCAUAUCCAACGGAAGGUGAUAAGAUUGCGCUGGCUGAAUCAACAGGCCUAGAUCAGAAGCAAAUUAACAACUGGUUUAUAAACCAACGAAAGCGGCAUUGGAAACCAUCAGAGAAUAUGCAAUUGGCUGUUAGGGAUAAUCUUUCAGGACCAUUCUUUGC